AAAUCAACAUUUCAGGGUGAAGUUAUUCUUAAUUUUUUGCAGGCUAACGAAAUUCUGGCGCGUGGAUUCGCCAAAGGCGAUCGUGUGGAUGUAGAAGCUAACUGGAGCGAGCUUGCCGGUGCAUUGAACGCAAUUGGCCCUCCAAUUAAAGAUGUUGCGGGAUGGAAAAAGGUUUGGUGCGAAGGCCAAUAUUCCGAAGAAAUAAGGCAGAGGUCAGGGCUACGGGCGGGGAUCCUUACUGCCAGCAACCGCUGACAGCCAUGGAGGAGGACGAGGCAAAGCUCUGCGGGCUUUUUGAGAUGGUCGAGGGAGUUGGCGCUGUGGCAUAUGGAGCACCAACCACCAUGAUAGUAGAAGAGGUGGCUAAGGAAAAAGCUGAGAAGAUAGCCACAGAGGAGGAGGAACCGAGCCGAAAGCGUCGCCGCACAGUUGCAGAAUUUGAUUUGCAUAGUCUGUGCGUUGCUCAAAUAGAGGAAAUAAAGUUAAUUAAUUUAACAAUGACUAAGCAUUUCCAAAAAAUGGAAAGUCUUCAACAAGAAGACUUGAAUUUAAAAAAGGAGCAUUACCAAAAAAUGGAAAGUCUUCGACAACAAGACUUGAAUUUAAACAAGAAGGAAAGCUAA